AUGAACAGGGAACGCACUCGCGAUAGAGAACGCGACCCGGAACGCUAUCGAGAAAGAGGCCGUGAGCGCAACCGCGAUACAGGUCGAAGUCGCGACCGCGACCGCGACAGGUCGAGGGAGAGGACCCGGGACAGGUCUAGAGAGCGCACGCGAGACCGCUCACGUGAGCGCACUUCAGAGCGUAUCAGGGACAAGGAACGCGACCGGGAGAGAGAUCGUUCCAGCCGCGACCGCGAAAGGACUGCAGAGCGCCCACUGCAGCGAAAAUCAAAGUCGGACACAGAUGGCGAGAGCAAUCGCAGCGCAAGGGGUAGCGAUAGGGACAAGAACCGCAGGGGCAAGGAUGCGGAACGUAGUCCGGUUAAGGAGCGCACGUCCAAGGUCCAAAUUCCGAGCAGUCGCCCUACUGGUGUUCCUUUGAGCGUUUCGACACCCGACAGCAGCGCGAAUGGGAGCCAGGGACGACGGAAUACGAGCGAAACCGUUGCCAAGGAACUCAGUUCAAGAGACAAGCCGCGCCUCCCGCGGGCAGAGUACAGCAGUGCCCUCGCGAAAUCGAAAGAGUUGAAAACAGCCUUUGACACUGCCAGUGACAUGUGCACCGCGUCGCUCGCGAAGAAGGACUAUGACACCUUUGAGAAGACAGCGAUCCUUGCCUUUCGGCAUGGCUUUCAGUGGGCGUUGGCGCGUGAAACGUUGUUCCGCCUGAACGAACGAGAGCUGCGAACGCAUCGGAGCAAGUUUCCGCAGGCAAAAAGGGAUAUUCUUGACUAUUACCGAUUCCUCACCAAAAGUUUUGCGACACCGAAAAUCGCGGAGCUGGAGAAACAAGACCGAAGGGCAGCGGCCGCCUUUCUAAAGAGGGGUGUGCAAAAAGUGUACCUUCGUAUGUUUGCGAUGCAGCGGCUCUUUGAAGUGCGCAAGUACGAAAGCGAGGCGCAGGACGCAGUGAAAGAGGCGAUCGAAUCGAAUCGAGCGAAUGGUGUCACGAGGGGCAAGCAGCUGUCAACGACGCACUUGAGUAAUCUCAAGCUGAUCACGACGGAUUACGGAAAUGCAAUGCAGAUUUUGGAGCACAUAAUCGCGGAUACGGGACAAGGUUGCGAGGAAGCAGGAAGCGAAUGCAUGGUACAGUGAACGUCGCUCCUUUUGUACAAAUGUUGCUGGGGGCGAGGCAGACUGGGCGUGUGUCAUUUUCCAUCAGCUGCGGUUAUCGCCCGACCGCACAGCCGAAUAGGCAUUUUUUCGUUGCACCGUAAAAAGCAAAAACCCCUCCCGCCACCACCAAGCUGACUCCGGCACACGCAAGCUUUACUGUCGCCGAGCCAAAACGCACUGCACAAGCGGACCAAGGGCACUCACAAAAACUAAAACUGCACUAUCACCCUAAACGACGCCUCUUAACUU